AUGUCUUCGUCCAACUCUGCCAGCACUGCAGAGCUCAUUUCUGCCUAUCAGAGCAUGAGAACGGACCACAUCAUAACUGUGGUGAUUGCGACUCUCCUUCUGUAUGAUGCCAUCGUGUGCAUGGACAUGGAAGUUCAAUAUGUCUGGCGGGCACCAAAGGCUUCGCACAAGCUCUCGCGGCUCCUGUACAUAUACAACCGGUACAUGUCCAUCCUAUGGAACCUCCUCGACAUUGGGUUGAUUGGCUCAAUUUCGGACACUAUUACAACAUAUCUCAUUCAAGCAGGCUAUGUGAUUCUGCUGAUCGACCCCAUCAGCUCAAUCUUGAACUCUCGCUUCCUGUUGGCCCUCUACGAGACCAACGCCCGCCUUGAGCGGGGCGGAUCCUCUGCCUCGUCGUUCUCGACGCUCGAUUUCGGCGAAGCCGAUCCGCGAGCAGCGGGGUCUCCGGAGCUCCCGGAAUUCCUCAACUCUCUCGCCGGCCCCAUCCAUUCCUUCCCCGACCACGAUCCGGAGCUCUUCGACCCGAAGCCGACGACGGAGCAGCAAGAGCGCGAGGGGGAAGCGGGUGCGGAGUCCGGGUCCGAGGUCGAGGCACAGGUGCAGGCAGACUCGAUUGAAGUAGGCGAAGGCUCCGAGCGGGUGUGA